UUCAGCAUGCAACUGUGCUGUAGGGACCUCAGUGUGCCCCUCUUCACAGCACAAACAGAUACAUUUGGAAAUGGAUUUGGAGGAGACAUACAGAGAGGGAGAGAACACAGAGGGGAAAAUUACUCGAGCUGCAGCUGCUAAGUUGGUGAAAAAAGCUUUCCUCGAAGCCCUGAAGUCCAAUGCCUUUGAAACACUGGAAGAGCUCUUGAGCCAAAAGAAAAUAGACGUGGACACAGUGUUUGAAGUGGAAGAUGAAAACCUGAUUCUGGCAUCCUACAAACAAGGGUACUGGCUUCCCAGCUACAAAUUAAAAAUAUCUUGGGCAACUGGACUUCAUCUAGCUGUCAUGUAUGGACAUCUGGAGAGUCUUUUGGUCCUCCUCAAUCACAAAGCUACAAUCAACUGCCGGCCCAAUGGAAAAGCUGCCAUCCACAUAGCCUGUGAAAUGGCAAAUGUUGAGUGUCUCAAGAUCCUUUGCAACCACGGAGCUAAGCUGAACUGCUUUUCUAUGAGCGGGCAGGCGCCCCUGCACUUCUGUACAACACGAACCUCCAUGCCUUGUGCCCAGCAGCUGCUUUGGAGAGGAGCAAAUGUGAACAUAAGAACAAACAACAAAGAUGAGGAGACUCCUCUGCACGUCGUUGCACGUUUGGGUGUCCCAGAGCUUGUGGCCUUUUAUGUGGAACAGGGAGCACAGGUGGAUGCUCUCAAUGCCUACAUGGAGACUCCCCUGGCCUGUGCAGCCUACUGGGCCCUCCACUAUAAAGAUCAGAUAUACAGCCAGGAUCACCACCUCAUCUGUCGGAUGCUCCUAGACUAUAAAGCUGAAGUGAAUGCUCGUGAUGAGGAUUUCAAAUCACCACUCCACAAAGCUGCCUGGAACUGUGAUCACGUCCUGCUGCAUAUGCUGCUGGAGGCAGGAGCAGAAGCAAACAUCAUGGAUGUCAAUGGCUGUGCACCCCUACAGUACAUCAUAAAAGUGACAUCUGUGCGGCCAGCUGCUCAGCCAGACAUCUGCUACCAGCUGCUACUGAAUCAUGGAGCAGCUAGGAUAUACCCUCUGCAGUUCCAUAAGGUGCUACAAGCUUGUCAUUCCCACCCCAGAGCUGUGGAGGUGGUUGUCAACUCCUAUGAACACAUCAAAUCGACAUCUAAGUGGAAAGCAGCCAUACCUGAGGAUGUCUUGGAGCGGCACCAGGAUUUCUAUGACUCUUUGUUCACUGUGUGCAGCAAUUCACCACGGUCACUGAUGCACUUAUGCAGAUGUGCAAUUCGGGCAAUAUUAUCAGAAAGGUGCCAUCGACAAGUCCCCUUGCUGUCCAUUCCUCUGUCCAUGAAGAAGUACUUGCUGCUGGAACCAGAAGGAAUCAUCUACUGAGCUGCCACAGAGCAGGCGCUGGCAUCUCCUUUCCCGGAUCCAUGUGCCUCUGUGGGGUGCCAGAGAUCCAGGCACAGCCCUGACACAGCCCUGGGUGUGUGUCCAUUUGCUGGCAGCCUGCAAGCUGGGCUGGCAUUUACUGGCUCUCCAUGGAGCUGCUCUCUUUCCCUACACUGAGAAAUCACAGCUGCAGGCUGCAGUUUGUGCUGGGGAGGCAGAGCUGGAAAAGCCCCCGCUCCAAACACACCAAGGACACACACUGCUUUGUUCAGCCUGGCUUAAACAAUGCUGCUGCUUCUGUCAGUACUUAUACCUCUGCCUGCUAGACAGCAUUAGAUUAAAUCUGAGCAACCUUUCAUAUUGUUUCACUAUGAUUUUCUUCAGCUGUCCUUUUUGGAGUAAAAGAAAGGAUACUGUCAAAAAAUAAGCCACAGAAUUGCUUUCCCAGAAUGAAAAAGGCAAAUCGCUUUGGAUUGUGACCACAGACAGGCCUUCAUUAGUUUCUGCCUUUUCCUGUGCACUAACAUUCAAUGCUAAUUCACUGUUCACUACCUGUCUGUAUCUUAUAAAGCUUUGUCAUAAUUAUCCUUUUUAAUUGUAAGAAUUUUUUUCCUUUAUCAACCAUGUUAUGUAAACAUGAUAGAAACAUGCAGCCCUGAAUUUUUUUUUUUGUAUGUUGCUACACAAAUCCAGGUAGCUUUUAGUACAUACUGUCCCUGUUUGCACUCUCACUAUGACCAAUGAUAAAUUAACAUCCCUGUGUCAAGAAAGGCAGUGUUAAAAAACCUGCAAAGCUGUUCUUGUACUCAUCCCUAAUAUCUCUCAGAAUGAUGCUGGAUGUGAUCUGGGAAGCAUAUGACCCUUCUCUUCACUCAAUAUAAAAUGAACCUUACCUGGUAGCAUGGACACCUCAUUUUUGGAAGCUAGGUGCAGGUGAGAGGCUGAUGCAGCCCAUCUGGGCUGUUCCAUUUUUUAGGUCCUGACAAUUCUGGGCUCUGUGAAAGGAGAGGUAAGUCAGGCCCACCACUGGGAGCCAGUAACUCCUGACUUCUCAUUGCAUCUCUGACUAUGAAGAUGUCAGUCCCUGUUGUUACUAUUAUCUCUUUGCAAGACAGCCCACAGCAUGCUAGGCUCUUCCCAGACAAACCAGAGCAUCCAAGCUGUUCAAGCGUCUCUGUGUCUCACAAAGUGGCAACAGCAGCAUUUGCAGGAAUGUGCAG